AUGGCCACACCACACCCACACAGGCGCAGCGCAACUGAAGAGCAGGAGAAUCAGCUGCCCAACCCAAGGCAGAGAUCCCCGAACCCAAAGCAAGACACAAAAACGAGCAAAACAACAGCAAAAGGAGCGCGUCGUCGAUCCGGAGGGCGCCCGCCGCCGCCGCCGGGAGCGGAGGGCCCGAGCAGGAGCGGGAGCUGGGUCGGCGAAUCUGGAGCCCGGGGGACCUGCAUUGCAGCGGGGCCGCCGCGCGUAGCCAGAUCUCCCCCGUCCCCUGCCGCGGCACCGGCACGGCAUGGUGGCUGCCGCGGCGGCGGCCACCGCGCCAGAUCCGGCCCACCCCUCGCGCCCGCCGCUCACGCCGGCGCUCGACAAGCCCAACUCCGCCGCCGCGCGGAGGAACUCGCAGCGCUCCAACAAGCCCGUCUCCUCGAGGUACCUGUCCGCCGCCGCCGCGUCCCCGGCCUCCUCCACGUCGUCGUCUUCCUCGUCCUCGUCCCGCCGCUCCCUCUCCGCGCAGCGCACCCGGGCGUCUACUCCUCCGCCGCAGCACUCCACGUCGCCCACCACCACCACCGCGUCGGCGUCGGCGGCGGCGGCCGCGGCCGCGGCAGCAUCCGCCACUGCGACCACGAUGCGGAGCCUCUCCGUGUCGUUCCAGGGGAGUCCUUCUUCUACAAGACGUCGCGCGCCCCGCGGGCCUCGUCGCCGUCCUCACCUGCCGCGCGCCGCGGGCCCACGCCGGAGCGCAGGAAGAGCGUCUCCUCCGUGCCGGAGGCCGAGAACGCGCGGCCGUCGGGACGAUGGCCGGCGGCGAAGCCCAAGGCGUCGGACCCGCUCGCGCGCAGCCUUGACUGCAGCCUCGACCGCAAGGACUCCAUCCUCGCCGCCGUUCACCUCCUCCGCCGCUCUAUGGCCUUCGACUCCACCACAUCCCUCUCGCCGUCCGACCCGGCAGUUGCAGCCGCUCCAGACCUCUCCGCGUCCUCCGACACCGACAGCGUCUCGUCUGGUAGCAACUCGGGCGCCGGUGAUCCCCCGCGACGCGGCAUCAGCGUGCCGGCGAGGUUCUGGCAGGAAACCAACAGCCGCCUGCGCCGGCUUCCAGAGCCCGGGCUGCUGCUACCGUCGUCUGGCCGGAGGUCGUUUUCAGACAGCCCAAUGUCACCGAGGCUGCCGGGCCGGUCCCCAUCUCCAUGCCGUGGAAGCAGGGGUGCCGCGAGUCCAUCAAGAGGGCGCAGUGGGGAGGCGUCGCCAAAUGGGCAUAUGGUGCAGGCUCCAGCAAAUGCGCCAUCUAUCAUCAGCUUUGCGGCAGAGGUGAGAAGGGCGAAAAGGGGGGAGAACAGAAUUGAGGAGGCGCACCGAUUGCGCCUGCUGGACAAUCGGCAUUUGCAGUGGCGAUGCAUCAAUGCUCGGACAGAUGCGACGCUACUGGUUCAGAGCUUCACUGCUGAGAAAACCCUUCACAGUGCAUGGAAAGAAAUAUCAAGAUUGCGUGACAAUGUCAGUACCAAAAGGAGCAGACUCCAGCUUCAAAAGCAAAAGCUCAAGCUGUUUGCUAUUCUUAGGGGACAGAUGUCAUAUCUAGAGGACUGGUCUCAUAUCGAAAAACAUCAUUCAAGUGCUUUAUCAGCAGCAAUCAAAGCUCUGAAGGCUAGUACUCUUCGUCUUCCAGUUGUUGAUGGUGCAAAGGCUGAUGCGCAAGCUGUGAAGGAAGCAGUUAAUUCAGCAGUGGAUGUAAUGCACACAACGACAUCCUCGAUAUGUAAUUUGUUGUCUAAGGUCGAGGGAACAAGCUCUGUGGUGUCUGAGCUUGCCAAACUUGCAACACAAGAACAAAUGUUGUUGGACCAAUCAAAGGAUCUCUUGUCCACGGUUGCAGCAAUACAUGUAAAGACAUCUUCUAUGAUCAUUCUUACUCAAUUUCCUUAA